AUUUUAAUGCUCUCUGAAAGGAGAAUCUUUUCUUGUGGAGAGAAACACUGAGUGCCUCAAUCAUCGAAUCAGGAUGUUUGUUCUCAUCUGGGCGACACUGCUUUACUCUGUGACAGGCAUAAAUGCUGAUGAAGAUGCGUCAGUGGGAAGAAAAGAACGCUGUCAAAAGGGCUACUGUAUCACUCUUAAUGAAGGAGAAAUAACAGCAGAGGCUGGACUCUGUGUUGUGAUACCGUGUUCCUUCACCACAGAAUCUCACUUCACACCAAAAAAUAUAGUUUGGUCUAAAUGUGAUGCAGGGAAAUUAAGAUGUAGUGAUUCAGAGAGGAUAUUCCACACCUACAAGAACAAUUCAAAAAUUCAGCCUGGGUUUAGAGGACGAGUGUCACUGCUGGAACCUGACGUGAAUCAGAGGAACUGCAGCAUCAUCAUCAAUGACCUCACUGAGUCAGACUCUGGAUCGUAUCAGCUCAGAGUUAAUGGUUUAAAGUAUACAUAUACGUAUACGUAUUCGUAUAAGUCAGAUGGAUUUACAUUCACUCCAAGAGCAACUAUCUCUGUUAAAGAUCUGAUGCAGAAGCCCACACUGAUGAUUCCUCCUCUGAUGGAGGGAAAACAGACCACACUGACCUGCACUGCUCCUGGUCUCUGCUCUGGAUCUGUUCCUCAAAUCACCUGGACAUGGAGAGGAGAAGGAGAGAAUGACUCUCACAUCACAGGAAAUGUCACUGCUGUCAAAAAUGAGUCUGUAACGUCUGUAGCACAGAGAUACCGCUCGACUUUGACCUUUGACCCCUCAGCUGAGCACCACGGCACCAAUGUCACCUGCAAGGUCGGCUUCAGAAACAACAUCACUGCAGAGGAGACAGUGACUCUGAAUGUGACCUAUCUACUAACGGAGUUGCUAAAAACUGUUCAGCAGCCAGAGGUCAUCAUUGCAUUUGUCACUGGGUUUCUUCUUUCAGCAGUCAUCUGCUGCUUGGCCAUGAAAUGCUGCAGAAAAAAAAGGGGAAGCGCUGAGAACCUGGCUGAGAAUCUGGAGAUGAUCACUAUGCAAGAAACGGAUGGGAUCCAUGACCAACAGGCAGCAGAAGAAGAAGCUGAGGCUACUGGGCAGCCAGUCGAACCAAAAGAGGUGGAAUACUCGAACAUCAACUUUUCCAGGCUGAACAGGCGUCAAAGAGUUCACAAAGAGACCACGGAGUCAGAGUAUGCUGAAAUUAAGACCGAAGACAUAAAGAAGAGACAAGACAGUGAUAGAGAGGAUGGUGAAAUCGUAGAGGCCAAUGGAGGGAAGGAGGAAGAGGAGUUGAAGGAGGAGGAGAAGGAGAGGGUGGAGGAGUUGAAGGAGGAGGAGAAGGGGGAGGAGGGGAUGAUAGAACAAUUGCUGAUGACAAGACAAAACAUGACAAGUGAUGGGGCAGUAGAGAGGCAGGUUUGUGACUGGGAGGUCCAUCCUCCUCCCUUCCAGGUGUAAAUAUGAUUAGCUAUGCAUCAGGCCAUUCCUGCAAGAGAGGCUUCGUACAUAUUUUAUUACAUAUACACUUGUUACAUAUAUUACAUGCAUAACGUGUUUGCAUUUUGUAUUUUUGCACAAACAAGCUUAGAGAAAAUAAAUGCAGCUGAAGUUAGAUUUAA